AUGACGAUCAAGGUGCAGAAGCAAUUCGGGUCUUACUUCGACGACUGGAGUGAAAGCUGCUCCCGACUCCAGCAUCUUCUUCAUUGCGUCAUCAUCGUCGCGAUGGUUGGGGUUGUCGAAUUCGUCGCGAUCUCAACGGAGACGACAUGGGACAACGUGGAGCCUAAUCGUUUUUCUUGGACUAUUUUCGCGUACUGUUUGCGGUUUUUGUCGCUACUUAAUCUGCCCAUGUGCGUGGCGUCGUUCCUGGGUCUCACCAUGUACGAUGCCUUCCCCGACCCCGUCCGGUUGAGGGCAGACCCGGAUUCCCUACCAUUCGUUGUCGUGCGAAUCGUGACCCGAGGGGACUUCCCAGAUCUCGUCCGUCAAAAUUCGCUCGCGAACCUACGCGUGUGCAAGGAAACCGGUUUACGUCAUUACUCAAUAGAGGUCGUGACCAAGAAAUCCGUUCAACUCCCUAAGAUGGUACAUCUGAGAGAGGUCGUCGUUCCGGAUUUUUACGAGCCUUCUAGCGGAUCCAUGUACAAAGCUCGACAGCUGCAAUACUGCCUGGAAGACGGGAUCAACGAGUUGGGAGACGAAGAUUGGAUUCUGCAUCUGGAUGAAGACAGUGUGCUCACCCCAGACGCCGUGAAGGGAAUGAUGAACUUCAUUCACGACGGAGAAGCCCAUUUCGGAACGGGCCUGGUAGUGACCACUCGAGGGCCAGUUUCUAACUGGAUGACGACAUUGGCUGACUUGAUUAAAGCUGCCGACGAUAUGGGGAGAACUCGGUUCCUACUCAAGGCAUUCAGGAAGCCCUGGUUUGGUUUUAAAGGUUCAUUCUUGCUAGCCAACGCGAAGGCUGAACGCAUCGUGUCAUUCGAUAAUGGACCCGUAGGAUCCAUGACAGAGGAUGCUUACUUCGCCAUGAAAGGCAUCCAGGAAGGCUUCAGGUUCGGCUUCAUCGAGGGAGAAGUGUUGGAACAGUCUCCGUGCACGCUGGGCGACUUUCUGCGGCAGCGAAAGAGAUGGAUGCAGGGCCUCACGCUGACCGUCUCCUGCCCCAAGGUUAUUACCGUCCACACCUCCGACUGUAUUGGUUAUCAUAUCAGAGAUAAUCAUGACUUCUUGGAAAUUCAUUCAUUGGAGGACGAAGAUUUGGCUGACGAUAUUUUAUUUAUCGUGGCUAUUGACUCCACUCAUCUUAUUGAAUGGACUGUUCUCCAAGUUCCCAGACCCGACUCCAGGAAUUUUCAAGUCGAUCUUCACUAUUGGAGAACGAAGAUAUGGCUGACGAUAUUUUAUUUAUCGUGGCUAUUGACUCCACUCAUCUUAUUGAAUGGACUGUUCUCCAAGUUCCCAGACCCGACUCCAGGAAUUUUCAAGUCGAUCUUCACUUUCAACAUCGCUAUUUCUACCUACUACUACCUGUACGGCACCCUGAAAAACGAGAAGUACUUGGGGAUGGCGCGUUCUUUCCUCAUCCUCCUCUGCCUGCCUCUCGUCAUCCCCUUCUGCUCGCUGCUGGAGACCGCAAGCGUCGUGUAUUCCUGGUUUGGGCAUACGAAUGACUUCUACGUCGUCAAGAAAGUCACUCGUGUUCUUUCCUCAUCCUCCUCUGCCUGCCUCUCGUCAUCCCCUUCUGCUCGCUGCUGGAGACCGCAAGCGUCGUGUAUUCCU